CACCCAAUCAAUUUUGUUUAAAAAAGUUUUAAAAAGAAACUUGAUAGGCAGAAAACAAUUUCAGAUUCGAGCCCCACCACCGAUGAUAAGGUUUUUGUAUCGCUAGGUGGAAAUUGAACCAAGAGUGAUUUGUCGAUCUAAGUUUUUGUGUGACUUCGUGAUCCAACUUGUUACGGCGUUAAGCAAAUUUCCAGUCUCCUAUAUCAAAAUCAAUGGAAGCUUUCUGUGAGUUCCUCACCAGCCGCCAACCUCCGCGUUCGCUGUCUGGGAGCACCGCCGAUGACGCCCUUGAAUUUCUCCGCAGCCUGCCCUCCCACAGAAUCGUGCAGGUCGUGGAAAGUAUAAACGCGGCUUCCUUCAAAGAGAUGGACGAAGACCAUAAGGAAAAUCCAUUUAACAGCCCGUUGGUAAGAACAUUCUUGGAUGAGCAGAUUGGUGAGAAGAAGCUCAAUAUCACUAGAGGACAACACGACCACGAAAAGGAUAAUCUCUGCGAGAAAUAUUUGACAACCAGCGAUGACCUGCACCGCCUAGUCGUUACUGCCAAGGAGGAAGCCGGUAAGUACUUUCCAUUUGCCACCGUCCUCAGAAGCACUACCAACUCCCUUCAGUUAGAGGACGAGGAAGGAAAACCAUGGAUGUUUGAGUUCUCAUACCUUAGAGUCAGUCAAAUUUACGAGUUUACUGAAGCUUGGAGCAGCUACGUUAAGGAGAAGCAGCUGGGAAUCGGAGACUUUGUUUUCAUCCGACCACAUCGCACGGACAUCAGCAAACUCUCCAUUGGCUUCAUCAGAAGGGGCAACAAUAGUGUCGCCUCUCUACAUACGGAUUGUCUUCUGUUUGAGGAUCCAGCACCACUGACUAUGUCCAUUGGGGACGGUGGCGCUGCUCUGCAGUUGAAUCCGUGUCAGGAUCCAGUACCACCACCCGUCAUACCCGUCACUGCUCUUCAACCAAAUUAUUCUCAAUGUCAUGAUCCAGCCCCACCGACCACAUCUUUUGUGGACGGUGGCGCUGUUUUUCAGCAGGAUUAUCUUCCGACUGAUGAUCCAGCACCACUGACUAUGUCCAUUGAGGACGGUGGUGCUGUUCUCCAGCAAGAUUAUCUUCUGGCUGAUGAUACAGCACCACUGACUAUGUCCAUUGGGGACGGUGGUGCUUCUCUCCCGUCGGAUUGUCUUCAGGAACCAGCACCACCGACCAUGUCCCAUGGGGAAGGUGGUGCAGCUCCCACAGACUGCAUUUAUCUUCUUCCGGAGGACUCGGUCACAUCCUCCGAGACACUUGAACAGCCAAGAUUCACUGGGUAUAGCAUUACAGGGGUUGAUCCUAUUUUAGUCAUUUCUUGUGGUUACAAUCAGGACUCUGAGGAGAGAUACUUCACCAGCUACAUCUUCAACGAGUUUCGUCUCCGUGGAUUCUCUCCUCUGAGUUAUGAUCUAUCCACGAGCCCAGUCGAUGGAAAUCAGGAUCUGCUAAACAAGUCACAGCUUGGUAUUAUCAUAUUCUCCAUGAACUAUGUUUCUUCCAGAGAAUGCAUGGAUGGAUUUGUGGCCCUCAUGGACCAUUCGAAAGCAAACGACCUUGUGCUUUAUCAUGUCUUUUUUGAAGUAGAAUUCUGUAACGUCAAGGAUCAGACUGGCUCUUUUGGAAAAGCAUUUGCACAACUUGAGAACUCAGUCCAGGCAUCCCAAGUUCUGAAAUGGAAGGCGGCAGUUAAGGAAUUAACUUCCACUGAUAGAUAUCAUCAGUAUAAGAAAGGGGAAGAGGUUAUACUUGCCAAGAGUAUUGUUAGAGAUGUCCAAGUCAAUUCUAAAACUGGGAGUAACCUAACAGUAAGUCCGCAGUUAAGUCAUAUAUUGUCCCUGCUGAAUAGUUCGCAAUCUUCAUCUCCACAUAUUGUUGGGCUUUGGGGUAUGGCUGGCAUAGGGAAGACUACCUUCUCUAGAGAGAUUUUCAGAACACAAGGUGAGAGAUAUGACGUGUGCUACUUUUUGCCAGACUUUCAUUUAUCGUGUCAAACAAAAGGGCUGAAUCCUCUGCGUGAAGAAUUCUUGUCAAAAAUCUUUGGAGAAGAAAAAGUUUUCAUAGACGCAUGUGGUACAAAACUAAGUUUCACAAGAGAUAGGUUCCGUGGUAAGAAAGUUCUGAUUGUCCUUGAUGGUGUCAGUAGUGCUAGAGAUGCCGAAGUGCUUGUUGGAGGGUUUGGCUGGUUUUCUGGUGGACAUACAAUCAUCUUAACAUCCAGGAAUAGGCAAGUUCUCGUACAGUGUAACGCCAAAGAGAUUUACGAGAUCAAGAAAUUAUCCGAGUCUGACUCUAUUCACCUUUGCCGCGAGUUUGCCACUGGAAAAAAUUGGAAGGUAAGGAUGUCUUUGAUCAAGGAGCUGGUGAACUACGCUAGUGGCAAUCCACUGGCUCUACGAGUCUUAUGUUCGUCUAUUCAAAAGCAAUGUCUUAGCGAUGAGGAAGAACAUCUGAGUAUAUUACCACACCAUCCACCAAUCGAGAUUUGUGAUGCAUUUGGAGGAAUUUUUAGUGAACUAGAUGACAACGAGAAGAAUACAUUUUUGGACCUCGCAUGUUUUUUCAAAGGAGAGAAUAAAGAUCACGUGGUGAACAUACUUGAUGGUUGCGGUUUUCUUACGGAUUUAGGAAUCUCUGGUCUCAUUGAUGAGUCCCUCAUCAGCCUUGUAGAUAACAGGAUAGAGAUGCCUAAUAUUUUCCAAGAAAUGGGUCGAUUUGUUGUUCGUCAUGAACACGAAGAGGCAGGCAAGCGUAGCAGAUUGUCGGAUUCUAAUGACAUUGUUGAUGUGCUGACAAACAAUUCAGGAACAGAACUAAUUGAAGGCGUAUUUCUAGAUGCGUCUGGAUUGAAAUUGAAGUUGAGUUCUAAUGUAUUUGAGGAGAUGGAUAGACUUAGAUUGCUAAAGCUCCACUAUCCAACUUCUGAAGAUGAUUGCAAAGUUUCUCUUCCUGAAGGCCUCCUUUCUUUGCCGGAUGAGCUGCGACUACUCCAUUGGGAAAGAUAUCCUCUAGAGUCUUUACCUGAGAACUUCAAUCCUGAAAAUCUUGUAGAACUGAACAUGCCAUAUAGCAACUUGACAAAACUAUGGGAAGGAACAGAGAAUCUUGAGAUGCUAAAGAGGAUCAUUCUGAGUCACUCCCGACGGUUGACUGAUUUCUCAUGGCUUUCAAAGGCCACGAACGUUGAGCAUAUUGAUCUUGAAGGAUGUACGAGUCUGGUUGAAGUUAACUCAUCAUCUAUUCUUCAUCAUCGCAAGCUUACAUUCUUGAGUCUGAAAGACUGUUCUCAUUUGCGUAUAAUGCCUACCACGGUUCAUUUAGAAUCUCUUGAAGUUCUUAAUCUAUCCGGCUGCUCAGAGCUCGAGCACCUUGAGGAUUUCUCACCAAACCUGACAGAGAUAUAUCUCGCUGGGACUGCCAUUAAAGAAAUACCAUCGUCAAUAGUGGCUCUCACUAGGCUUGUUACAUUAGAUCUGGAGAAUUGUAAUAGACUUCAGCAUCUGCCAGCAGAGAUUAACGAGAAAGCUGUGGUCGGAUUUACACAAUCUCAGCCGGGACAACCUGUGUGCACCUCGUAUUUUCGCACUGGAAUCUGCAGCAAGGGUCCUGCUUGUUCUUCUGAUCAUCCAACGUUGUCAACACACAAGAACACAUCAUCCAUUGCUUCCGAGACUCAGGUUCAUGUAGAACUAUUUCAUGUUCUUACACAUGAAAAUCCUUCAAGUAAUAACCUUGAGGAAGUAUCAACUAAGAAACCAAGAAUACAUAGGACCACAUCUUUUGUCACUUCCGGUACACUGGAUUUGAAUGAGGACGAAGAUGGAUCUUCUGUUACUUACGGUACACUGGAUUUGAAUCAGCAAGAAAAUGGUUUCUCGUUUUUUAAUCAACCAGAAUCCCCGCUUGGAGCUUCAUUAAGUGACUUCAGUAGGGGUGGGCGUUCAAAUCAGGGUUUUCAGAUUUUUGGAGUUACUGUUAUAUGUAAACCCAAUAAUUGAAUAGAAUCAAAAUAAAUACGAUCUACUCGAUUGAUGUCAAUAACACAUGAUACCUCUCUCUC